AUGUGCAUAACUCAAAAUCGACGUCACGCCGGGCGACUCGAGACUGAUCAUCGUCAGCUUUCAAGUCGCUGGUUCCCGGAAACCACUGGCCGCGCCACUGGACUCAGGAGCGGUCAGCAGCUUUCUACGUGUAUCAUCAAUGACGAGCCACUCGUGAUUGAAAUGGACGACGCGUUCCAAUGCAUUUUGGAUAUGCCGUCGAUAUCGCGUGACCAAUUAGAGAUUGACUGGUUGUCCGUCGAACGCCAAGACUUGUCGCCUAUCACGCGAGUUGUUUGCAUAUCGAUCAUGAAACGGAUUGUCGCACUCGGAGCGGCAAACGAAGAAACCACAGGACGUCGAAUGGAGCCACAGCGAGCGUUUCAGCCCACAGACAGAAAUCCACCCGACUUCCAGGCCGCUGACUCGACUGAGCUCGGAAUGAAUGCUCUAUGUGAUGAGAGCGGUACCUUGCAAGCUAAAGCUUUUCCUUAUCAAAGUAUCGCCAGAUCGCGUCAAAUCCCACCAGCGUCAAAAGCGCAAGUGCCAGUGGCUUUUCACAAUUGGCUGGAGUUUCUACAAACUACGUACGCUUGCAGCCGAGUUUGGCUCUCACCAGAUGAAGCUCCAGCUUGA